AUGGGUCAAGAGCUGUGUGCAAAGACUAGACAGCCUGGAUGCAGCUGCUAUCGCCGUUCGGAGGGAGGUGAGGCACACAGCUGUCGGAGGAGUCAGCCUGAGAGGAUGGAGGCUGCGUUUGAGCUAACAGACCUACAAGAAGCAUCAUAUUCCAUGACUUCAUUGCACCCUCAGGGACUUCAGGCUGUCUGUGUCCAGAAGUUCAAGAGUAAAAGGCCACGUAGUAACAGUGAUUCUUUUCAGGAAGAGGAUCUGAGGCAGGGUUUUCAGUGGAAGAAGAACCUUCCAUUUGGGGCAGCCUCAUCUUACUUGAACUUGGAGAAGCUGGGUGAAGGGUCUUAUGCUACAGUUUACAAGGGGAUUAGCAGAAUUAAUGGACAACUCGUGGCUCUAAAAGUCAUCAGCAUGAAUGCNNUAACUAAUUUAACAUUUUGUUUAAUUUUUCUAGCUUCUCUCCUGAAGGGUUUGAAACAUGCCAACAUCGUGCUCCUACAUGACAUAAUCCAUACCAAAGAGACACUGACGUUUGUUUUUGAAUACAUGCACACAGACCUGGCCCAGUAUAUGUCUCAGCAUCCCGGAGGGCUUCAUCCUCACAAUGUCAGACUUUUCAUGUUUCAACUUCUGCGGGGCCUGGCAUACAUCCACCACCAGCACGUUCUUCACAGGGACCUGAAACCUCAGAACUUACUCAUCAGUCACCUGGGAGAGCUCAAACUGGCUGAUUUUGGUCUUGCUCGAGCCAAGUCCAUUCCUAGCCAGACAUACUCUUCAGAAGUCGUGACCCUCUGGUACCGGCCUCCUGAUGCUUUGCUGGGAGCCACUGAAUAUUCCUCUGAGCUGGACAUAUGGGGUGCAGGCUGCAUCUUUAUUGAAAUGUUCCAGGGUCGGCCUUUAUUCCCCGGGGUUUCCAACAUCCUUGGGCAGCUGGAGAAGAUCUGGGAGGUGUUGGGAGUCCCUACAGAAGAUACCUGGCCUGGAGUCUCCAAGCUACCUAACUACAAUCCAGAAUGGUUCCCGCUGCCUAAGCCUCAGAGCCUUCAGAUUGUCUGGAACAGGCUGGGCGGAGUUCCUGAAGCCGAAGACCUGGCUUCCCAAAUGCUGAAGGGCUUUCCUAGAGACCGUGUCUCUGCCCAGCAAGCACUUGUUCACGAUUAUUUCAGCGCCCUGCCAUCUCAGCUGCACCAGCUUCCUGAUGAGGAGUCUUUGUUUACAGUUUCAGGAGUGAGGCUAAAGCCAGAAAUGUGUGACCUUUUGGCCUCCUACCAGAAAGGUCACCACCCUGCCCGGUUUAGCAAAUGCUGGUGA